ACUGUCAUUAACUGUCCUCCCCCCCCAGGGCUAGACGGGCGGAGCGGAGGCUGGGUGAUUGGUUGUGUGUGAUAUAUAUUUUUUAGUAUGUACACGAUUUAUCUAAUCGAAGUGAUAAAGGAAAAGAAAAUACGGCAGAGUAAAAUGUUACGAUAACGCAUGUCGGUGAAUCAUUCUCGUACGCGGACUCCGCUUCGCACCUUUGCAGUUCGGUGUUACGAUCGCAUCAUAGCGCACGGCUUCAGACAGUAAAACUAGUCGAUAUUAUGUGGCCGGAACGCGAAAAGGACAUAAGAAUUUUACAAUUAUGAUCCCUAUUGUGUACACAGUGUAUGGUUUCGCUAUAUUUUUUAUGAUCGCGUGGAUCUGCCUGUGGCUCAUUCACAUAAUGGCUCUGUCGUACUCCAAGUGGAAGCUGCACCGCACCGUGGACCGCUCGGUGCCGGAGCAGCCGUACCUCGGCGUGUCGGUGCUGAAGCCGCUCACCGGCGUCGACCCCAACCUAUUCUCCAACCUGGAGACGUUCUUCACGAUGAGCUACCCGACGUACGAGCUGCUGUUCUGCGUGGAGAGCGAGCACGAUCCGGCGGUGAUGCUGGUGCACAGCCUCAUGAAGAAGCACCCGGCGGUGGCGGCGCGCCUGUUCGUCGGCGGCGCGCGCGUGGGCGUCAACCCCAAGAUCAACAACAUGCAGCCGGCGUACGCGGAGGCGCGCCACCCGCUGCUGCUGGUGAGCGACUCGGGCAUCCGCAUGCGCGAGGAGUCGCUGCUGGACAUGGUGCAGCACAUGGCGGAGGACGUGGCCAUCGUGCACCAGAUGCCGUUCGCGCACGACGCCGAGGGCUUCGCGGCCACCUACGAGAAGGUCUACUUCGGCACGGCGCAGGCGCGCAUGUACCUCGGCGCCGACUUCCUCGGCAUCAACUGCCACGUGGGCAUGUCGUCGCUCAUCCGCCGCGCGGCGCUGGAGGAGGCGGGCGGGCUGGCGGCCUUCGGCGACUUCCUGGCCGAAGACUACUUCAUGGCCAAGGCGGUGGUGGCGCGCGGCUGGCGCAUGCGCGUGGCGUCGCUGCCGGCGCUGCAGAACGCGGGCGACAAGUCGGUGGGCGCCAUGCAGGCGCGGCUGCGGCGCUGGGCCCGCCUGCGCAUCGCCAUGGUGCCCACCACGGCGCUGCUGGAGCCGCUGAGCGAGUGCCUGCCGCUGGGUGCGGGCGCGGCGUGGGCGGCCGGCCGCCUGCUGGGCGCCGAGCCGCUGCCCUUCUUCCUGGUGCACGUGCUGCUGUGGUUCCUGUCGGACUGGCUCAUGCUGCGCUCGGUGCAGAACGGCGCGCCGCCCUUCAGCAAGGUGGAGUUCCUGCUGGCGUGGGUGUGGAGCGAGUGCUGCGCGCCGCUGGUGCUGGCGGCCGCGCUGCUGCACCCGCAGAUCUCGUGGCGGACUCGCAGUUACCGGCUGGACUGGGGCGGGCGGGCCCACGAGCUCAAACCCAAGCUCAAGUUCUGAGCCCCGUCCCCUCUGUUUGUGGAAAGCUUUAAUUUGAUGUGCAUAGUUUACAUUAUGUGUGGGAAGUGGGCACCGAGUGCCGCUUCCAGAGUGUCUGUGGUUAUACUUUAGCAUGUUGACAUUUUUAAUUUAUAGUUUAGAACUGAUCCAUGGUACUUGUUGUUUUUGUUUUAGAGUUUUGUAUGUUUAUAGAUGAAAGGUUUGUUGUGUAUAUAAUUUUGUAUUUGUAGAUUACUGCUACAAUUGAUCUGCCAUAUUGAUUUUAGUUCAUUUGAUUAUGUACAUAUUAAUAUUAACAGCAGGUGAGCUAAUGAUAAAUUGUAUGAUAACAGAAUGUGAUUCAUGACCUUAUCGUCUAGUGUAGUGUGCAUGGAGUUCUAUCAAUUACUUAUUCAGAGUGUGAGUCAUAUGUUUUGUAAUGCAACUCCUUUUAGUAAGAUGGGAAGUUUGAAUGACUGACUCACUGCAAAGUGCCCUAACCUCAUUAUAAAUAUGUGUUAAUUUUAAGACAAAGAAUCACUUAUAUUUUUGUUGCAUACAAAAACUUAAAAGUACAAUAAAAUCAUCCUCAGUAUGUUCUAUUGCAAAUUGUUACCUCUUCUUAUUUAAAAUCUUUGACUAAUUCUGAAACAUUAUAAUAUUACUGUAUUAAAAAUGACUGCAACAUUCUAAAUAUUGAACAGGGUUUUAACCUCUCUAUUGUAAUAGCUUUGUAAAGUGCACUGUGAAUAUUUUUAUUUUUGAUUAUGUGCCUUCGGCCUUGGGGCAUGAAGUUUUUUUCAUCCAAACUGUUCAGGUCUGAAAAGGGACCAAAUAAGGUUGAAAAUUAUUUUGUAAACAUAGUUAUUGAGAGAAAGUGUGAAAAUAGUUUUUGGUCAUUUAUUAUUUACACCGAAUGGUGGCAGAGAGAAAAGACUGGAAUUUACCCAAACGUCUGAAGGCACUUUUUGUUGUGAUUUUAGUACACAAGUUUAUUUUUUUCUUUUUUAUUUUUUGAUAUUUUUAUGUGCCAUGUUGAUAAAACUGGUUUGCUUUUGUAAAGAGACAUAAAGCACAAUCUUGUUUUACAUCACUCAAAUGCUUUUGUGGUUAUGAAAGUUGUGAAGGUUGUAUUGUCAUCAUCUGAAUCAACAAUAAUAUAUCCAGAAGUUUUGGUUGUCUGACUACCAAAAGAUGGUGGUUUUACAUAUUAUGUAUGUAUUAAAACAAUGGCCCCAUAAAAUACGCAUAGAUUCAUAAAGACAUACAGGGUGCUCUGGACUAUUUCUCAUAACUCUAGGGUUAUAUUCUUUAGGGAAAAUUAAUUAACAAUGUCUAAGGAAAUGUGUUCUAAAAUGAAUACUUUCGGAGUAAAAAUUAUUUCUUUUGUAAAUAUAUUUUAAAUUGUGUCCCACAAACCUAUUAUGACAUAGCUAAACUUAUAAAUUGAUAAAUAUCAUGAAGUAGCUUACUAGUAAAGUGCCGAGACAGUCUGACCACUAUGAUUAUGUAUUUUAAAAUGCAAGCACAGAUAAAAGUGUUACAUGGAUAGUUGGUACUAUUUGAAUUGCUUUGUAUGAAAACAUAAACAGUUUUUUUUUAGUUGAAAAAAAUUAGUUAUGCAGUUCAGCUCCUAUAAAUGGACUUGUCCUAUAAUUAACCUUGAAGUUAUGGGAAAAACUCCACAACACUCUGUAUAUUCACAUUUGUGUUUGCUAUGUAUUCUAAAUUUUUAAACAACAUUUUUAUAUUCAGCAGGGGAGUUCGAAUGGAUAUAAUCGAUAUUUUAUUAUCCAAAUAUAACAAAAAUAAUUCUAGUUAUUUUAAUAGCUUUGACUGUUAAAAAUAGCAGAUCUUUAAAAACAAAAUGACAAGUUAUUUUCUAAAAAAAAUUCUAUUUGCAAAUGACAAUACAACAUUCCAAAGUCAGACUCCCUUCCUUCUCUGCUGCAAAUGUUGCUCAGAAUCAUAAACAAAGUAUACUAUAGUGUACUAUAGUCGAAGAGCUGGCAGGAACUUAUUGGAGCACAGAUUAUAAAAACAAACAUGGCUAAAAUUAGAUAGCAGUGUUUUGUAAUUUAUACAUUUUAUUUAUUAGUUAAUAUAUGUUUACAUUACGCAAAACCAAACUUAACCAUUGUGCAACACAAACCACAGGUGGUUUUACUGUGCACUGGUAAAUAUUUUAAAAUAGUUUACUUGUGAUUCGUAAAAUUCUAAUGGUAUUGCAUUUUUUCUAAAUUACUGAACUAUAGCUGUGAUAGCCCAGUGUAUAUGACCUCUGCCUCCGAUUCCGGAGGGUGUGGGUUCGAAUCCGGUCCUGGGCAUGCACCUCCAACUUAUCAGUUGUGUGCAUUUUAAGAAAUUAAAUAUCACGUGUCUCAAACGGUGAAGGAAAACAUUCCUCACAGUCCUCAUUCAUUCAUUAAUUCAUGAAGAAAUCUGCAUAGCAGAGAAUUUUUUUAAUUCUCUGCGUGUGUGAAGUCUGUUAAAGCGUGGUGGACUAUCGGCCCAACCCCUCUGAGAGGAGACUCGAGCUCAGCAAUGAGUCGAAUAUGGGUUGAUAUUGAUUGAUUAAAUUGAACUAUGUUAUCUAAAGACAGUAGACAAUUUCAGCACUAAAAUCUUACUUCAAGUCAUUUAGAGCUGCAGUUGUCAAAGAUAGAAGUUAAGUUGAGAAAUGAGAGAUGAGUUGACCACUGUCCACAAACUUAUUUUGGUUGUUAUAAAGACGACAAAAUUAAAUUUAAACACAACUGCUUACUUGAUUAACUACACUUAUGAUAAUAUGCAAAUACAUAUUAUGUAUCUUGAUAUAUUAGAUUGUGUAUUUAUACUUUAAGUUAAGUGUUAUAAUAAACAUUCGUCUAUAUUAUUCAUAGACAUUUUCAAAUGGAUAUUUUUUCUCUUUUACGUUCUACAAUCCUGCUCGUUCCUGUUGCUUCAUUUUUAUUGAGUACACUCUUUAAUUUGCCGCCGUCUCUUCGACUAUAAGAUAACAAAAGAUAAAAUAAUAAAUUAAUGUCUGCGAUAUAUCUGAGUUUAUUGUUCUACCCAGUAGAAUAGCUUUCCAGCUACUUAUUACAAUUAUUAGUUUUUCGUCCAAUAUAUAUACCUACAAAUUGUUCAUAAGAAUAUUUUUUUUAAGUUACGUUCUUACAAUCAACUUUUAUUGAAGAGUUAAUUUUAUUAUUGAAAGUGGUUACUUGCACUAAACGGAAUUUUUUAAAUAGUAGAAAAACAUCAGAUCUUUGGAUUUCAGAACUAAAAUAUUGAUGACGGAAAAUGUAUGAUGGAUAGAGAGAAACCUACAUAUAGGUUACUGGUUACCUACUACUAGCUUACUACUUAGUAGUAGGUUCUAGGUUGAGCUUUCUUUCUGUGACAAGUAGGGUUGCCAACCGUACUAAUUACUUUAAUAUAUAGUAUAUUUUGGAUCAGCGUACUAUAUACUGUUGAAGAAAUAUACAAAACGCAAAAAUACUAUAUUUAUUUACGUUAUUUUUCGAUAGAAGCAAUCAACGAUAUUAAAUUUAUAAAAGCAAUUUAUGUGUAACAUAUCCGAACGUGUCUGUCUUAAUGUUGGUUUUCAUUAAUUUUAAAAUUAAAUGUGAUAAAUAAACCAUGUGGCACUCUCAUUUUAGACAAAAUUUUUGAAAAGUGCAACAAAUGCCAAUUGAUAAUAAAAAUAGUUUUUAUAACAAUAAAUAGGCAACAAAUAUAAUUAUCUUAGUCUAUUUUUUGCUUAUUUUAUAAUAAUACUAUAUAAUACGAUGGUUUGCUUAUUCCAUACGUUGGCAACCCUAGUGAAAAGUCAUGUCAAAUUUCAUUUAUUUCAAUUAGGCUGACAGCUGCCAGUAUACUGCUCAAAAGGGAAUGCCCACCCCCCGGUUCUACCUAACUAACCACCAAUUUACAUAAAAUAUCUAAAAAAAUCUUUGUAAUUCUACUUCGAAGUCAUUAUUUUAUCAAAAAAAUUUGUUGACCAUACAGCAUGAGUUAUACGACAUUUUUUGAAGACAUAAGAUUGGUUCGUUUCUUCGUUUUCAUCUCCAUAUAUUUUUAUUCAGGGGUAUACAUGGGUUACCGUGACCGGUGGUGGGCAUUUUGCCCUUUCGCCACCCUUACUCCUGAAUCUCUGAAAUUCGAUACAUUAGUUCACAAUCAUAGUGAUAAUUUUAUUUUAUUUCUGUCAAUUAAAUUGCAACUUUAGUAUUUUAAUACUGUACAAGUAUUAAAAUAUACAAGUACGUACAGUAGGAUUAAAAUAUUAAAAUUUUCGUUAUCAAAA